AUGAAGAAGGUGAGAUGGAAAGAGUGUAAGGCAAUUACUCUUGCAAAUGAAGAGAUCCUGGAAGAAGACACUAGCAAGCUAACUGAGCACAGCCAAAGAAGUUCCCAGAGCAACUUGGAGGAAAUGGAACAAGGAACUGGAUCUGUGCAAAGAAAGGGAUCAACAAGGGAGGAAAUGCCGGAGCCUUAUUUGCCAAGGGCACCAUUUCCUCAGAGGCUAAGAGGAGGUGAUAAAGAAAUAUCGUAUUCAAGAUUCCUAGAUGUUUUCGCACCUCUCAGUGUCAACAUUCCCUUUAUCAAAACUCUCCAACAGAUGCCGACAUACAUCAAGUGCAUGAAAGAGCUGCUGACUAGGAAAGAAACCUUAAAAGGGGGACAAAUAGUGACAAUGAACAAGGAAUGUAGUGCUCUCAUCAAGAAGGAUGUAUUCCUGAAGAAGAAAGAUCUAGGGAGCUUUCAUAUUCCCUGUGUCAUAGAUAAAACUCAGAAGCAAGCCGAAGGAGUAGUCGAAAAUGUAUUGGUGAAAGUAGGAAACUACUUCCUCCCUACUGACUUUGUUGUUCUGGACAUGGAGAAAGGUUACCUCCAUCCCAUUAUUCUAGGGAGACUAUUUUUAGCUACUAGUCGAGCACUCAUUGAUGUAGAACAAGGAGAGUUGAUACUGAGAAUACAUGAUGAGCAGAUCACUUUCCAGGCCUUCAAGCCCGUGCAUGAAUAUGAGCAAGAGAGCAAGAAAUUAAAGGAAGAAUACAGUGAGAGCUCUCUAAAGAAAAACAGCAAUAAAACCUCCAGGCAAGCAUCUAGAGCUUCCCUUGAUGGAUAA